CCAGCGUGGGGGGCUUCUCGACCCAUCGGGGGCUGCCGAGAGAUGGGUACAUCCAAAUAGUGGGGUGACACAGUGCGCAUUUUACACCAUCGCAUCACUCACGUGAAGGCUAAACUAAACUGCUACACGCGCCCCAGCGCAUUUGGCGACUGCAUCGUACUCCAUUUGGGAAGCCUUCUGUCUCGAUUUACCGCCAUGGGCAAACGCAAGGGAUCGUCAAGAAAGCCAAUGGGCCCUAAAAGGGCCGACCCUUUGCCGACAACUUUUACCUGUUUGUUCUGCAACCACGAAAAGUCAGUGACAGUCAAGUUGGACAGAAAGGCUGGAGUCGGGCAGCUUGACUGUCGGAUCUGCGGGCAGAAAUUCCAAUGUGCAGUUAACUACCUCUCGGCUGCCGUUGAUGUUUACGGAGAAUGGGUAGAUGCUGCUGAGGCGGUUGCCAAAGAAGAUAAUGCACACGCCACAUACUCCGGUACCGGACGAUCGACGUUACGGCAUGAUGGUGAUAUAGGUGCUCGUCAUGAUCCAGAAGACAGAUACGAAAGCGACGGUCUCGCCGCCGAUGAUAUAGACGAUUGAAAUGGAUAACUGGACGCCCUAAUAGGCACAGAACCUAGAGCAAUCUUGGACAUGCCCUUCGUCGUUUCUCGAUCGUCAUGCAAGGUGACGACACUCAGAUGGUGUAGAAUCUAUCACCGAAAUCGCCGAGACCGGGAACAAUGUAGCUAAAAGCAGAUUAAUUAAUGAGUCAAUGACAAAACAAAACGAAUGUUGAGAGCCGAAGGCUCUGAAUUGCUUACUUCUUCUCAUCAAGGCCCUAAUGGAGCAACUAGUCAGUAACACAUUGGAAAACUGGUCAAGAGCAGACAUUACUCACUUCAUCAAUAAAUGCUGUUACAACUUUCAGGCGGGGAAACUUUGUUGCAAAGUUGUGGACACCUUCAGGGCUGGCAAUGAUGUUCAGGAAAAGAAUACGUUCCUCGGGAACGCCUCGUGCUUUAAGGACUUGCACAGCCAUGAUAGCAGAGCCACCUAUCUCAUUUGAUUAGUCGGAUAUGUUCAAGAAGUGAUUGAGAUUCGACUGCCUUACCUGUCGCGAACAUUGGAUCAAGUAGCAGAACCCAUCGGUUGGCUAUGUCUUCUGGCAACUUGUCAUAAAACAGUUUUGGCAAAGCUGUGUCCUCAUCUCGCUGGAUGAGGAUCUUUCCAAUACGGACUGACCGGCAACAGUCUCGUAGACCCUGUUCCAUGGCCUCGCCGGCCCGCAUAAUUGAGACUCCACAGAUCUUUCCUUGGAAGGUGAGACCAUCGUAGACACGACCAACUGGUGUCGUGAUACUUUGCUCAUUCACCGGGAGGUGGUUCAACCCUUCCUCAACUAGAAGGCGAAUAAUACGGUUGGAAUAGAAUAUGAAAUCAGCUCUUUCCGUGUCUUUGUUACGGAUGAUUCUGCAGUGCGUAAGUAGCUAUGUACGAUGGAGAGCAGCCUGGGGAGUUGACUGACGAGAGGAGGGCAAUCAGCUGGGGAGUCUGGGGCAAAACGCAAACAUUGUCGAAGGGAACCUUGACAGACAAUGUAGCAUUGAGAUUCGACAGAUCAGUACGUUGAGAGGCCAUGUUGACGAGGUGAUGAGUUGCUUCUAAUCGCUGGUCAACCUGACUUCUCGUCGUUGGUGAGGUUGAAAAUCGGCUCCACUUUUCUUAAUGAAUUUCUUGUUUAUUUUGGGGUUCUUUUUGUUUUUAACAAUACGUGUUAUUAGAAUUCUGCAUGCAUUGAUGUAUUUUUAUUUUAUAUGCUACUGAGUUUUUAUUGUAUUUGUAAAUGCUUUUAUUUGUUCUGUGCGUAUUUCUUUUUGUUUAACGUUCAUUCCUCCCGUUAAAUAUUUUAUUUAUUUAAUGUGCUGGCGUUGUGCGGCUUAUUGGGUCC